AUGGCGCUCGCCGUCAUUUACCAGGCGAUCCCGGAGGAGACAAUGCUUCAAGUCGCGGGCAAGGAGACUGCCCGUGAGGUCUGGGAGGCACUCAGAACCAUGCACGUUGGUGUGGAACGUGUGAAAGAAGUCAAACUCCAGGCACUUCGGUGGGAGUUUGAGAAUCUGCGCAUGGGCGAUGCGCAGUCGGUGGAUGAGUUCGCUACAAAACUCACUACCCUUGUGAACCAAAUACGUUCUCUUGGGGAGACAAUGGAGGAGAGCCAUGUGGUGAAGAAACUUCUCCAUUGUGUGCCACCAAAGUUCUUGCAGAUCGCCGCGACUAUGGAGCAGUUCGACGAUCUCAAGACCAUGCAGGUGGACGAGGUGAUUGGUGCUCUAAAGGCACAUGAGGAGCGCUACCGUGACUAUGACGACUGGCACGAACAGGCGCUACUAAUAAGAGGGGAUCCUAAACCCGACGCAAAGUCAUCACGGGGAAAGGAAUUUCUUUCUCAAAACAACCGCGGGCAUGGGCGUGGGUACUCACGCGGUCGUGGUCAUGGCCGAGGUCGCGGCAAUGGAGGUCGCGGCAGUAGCACCAGUACUCGCCGGGGAACAAACGGAGGUCAUGAAGGAGGCCGAGACAAGAGCAUGAUCAAGUGCUUCAACUGCAACAACUUCGGGCACUAUGCUUCGGAGUGUCGCAGUAAGCACCGAGACGAGGAGACCAAUCUCACCCGUGUUCUAGAUGAAGAGCCAGCACUACUCUUGUCCGAGUGCGCAGGGGGCGCGCGCAACACGGUGUUGUUGAAUGAGAAGAAUGUUAUUCCGAAGCUGCAGACAGAUGAGAAGGCACCGGUCGGGUCUGACGUGUGGUACCUGGACAAUGGGGCCAGCAACCACAUGACAGGCCAACGGUCUAUGUUCAAGCACCUGGAUGAGAGCAUCCAUGGGAAGGUGAAGUUUGGCGAUGGCUCGACGGUGCAAAUCAAAGGGAAGGGAUCCAUCCUAUUUCUAUGCAAGAAUGGUGAACAACGACUACUGCGGGAGGUAUAUUUCAUACCAAGUCUAUGUAACAAUAUUAUUAGUCUUGGUCAGCUCUCUAAAGAUGGCAGUAGGACUGUUAUGUGUGGAUCAUUUCUGUGUAUAUAUGACAGGAAUGGGAGAUUGUUGAUCAAAGUCAAGAGAUCCCCCAACAGGCUUUACAAAGUUUUGUUGGAAACUUGUGAACCUGUUUGUUUGACGGCAAGCAUGGAGGAUCCAGCUUGGUUGUGGCAUGCAAGGCUUGGGCACGUGAGCUUCCAGGCACUCAAGAUGAUGGGGGAUCGAGUAAUGGCACACGGCAUCCCGAAGAUCAAUCAUCCAAUGCAGAUUUGCGAGGGAUGUCUUGUGGCAAAGCAAACGAGGAAUGCCUUCCCCUCAUAG